GUAAUUUUUUCUAGUAAAAGUCAACUUCCAAUUCCUGCUUGGAUACGAAUUCCAUGCACUAUUUUCCCUUAUAAAAAGAAAUAGAGCAACUCUAGAAUUAUCCCAGGAACAAUAUUAUCUUCUGCAAUUAGAAGUUUAUUUUUCUUGGGUUUCAAGCUAUUGAAGCUUCUGUCGAUCAUGGCUACUCUAUGCGAUAUCGACUUGGCGGUCUCUGAAUCAGUUUUAAUGAAGGCAAACGUUCAUGCUGGUGAUGAAGAUCAUGUGCAAGACGAAUCACUUUUGCACAAGCGAAAGGCUGAGGCUGAGGACGAAGAAGAAGACUAUGACGAAGAAGACGAAGAGGGUGACGAAGAAGAAGACGAGAAUGGGGACGAGGAUGACGAAGAAGAAGACGGGAACGAGGAGGACGAGGACGAGGAUUACAAUGGUACUGUCGAUGAGCUCCCAGAUUAUGGUGAUUAUGAAGGCAGUGAACAACAACAAAUUGACUUGGAGAUUUAUAAGAAAACCCUAGAUGAAUCUGAGGGUUUUGAGAUGGGAGAGCCUCUAAGAAGUAAGUUCUUCAUUGGCCAGAUGCAAAAGGUCGAUCUUGAUGAUCCAAAAGAUUUCUACGCCAAGGACUGCAGGAAGGCUGUUCUGUAUGCAAUUAGGCAACAGAAUAGAAAGAAGGAUGCAAAUUUGGAGCUUGUGGAAGUGACUAAGUCAAACAGAGCUGCAAAUUCUAUGUAUUAUGCUACUUUUUUGGCCAGAAACAUGACUUGCGGUGAAGCCGACACUUACCAAACAAGGGUUUUUCGCUCUAUAGUCAAUGCUAAGACUGAGGUUGAGCUGUUUAGGCUUGAAAGUGCAGGUAUUCUGCAGCAUUUGAUAAGAACCUUAUGGAGUUACUUUCUUACUUUUAAACUUGGCUGCCCGAGCUUUAUUGGAAUCUUGAAGACGCUAGAAGAUCCUUGUGUGGAGAUCUCCAAGAAUGUUUACAUGUGCUCUUGGAUUCAGGGAUGUAGGAUAACUCGUCGUGGCUUCACAAUUUCUGGUCUCUGUCCGGAUAUUCUAGAUUUUUAA